AUGGCAUUUGGAGUAGAACAUCGAGACCGAGUUGUAAGAUGGCGAAUGCGACUUACAGCCAGCCUGUUUGUUUUUCACGUCCUUUUUCUUUAUCGAGCGGAGGCACAGAUCCGAUAUUCGAUCCCAGAGGAGCUGAAAACGGGGUCCCUUGUUGGAAAUGUGGCACAAGAUCUUGGCUUGGAUCUAAAAAGGCUUCGUUCUGGACGGGCCCGUAUCGUUACGGGAGAAAGCAUUCAGUACACAGAGCUGGAAACAGACAAAGGGACUUUAGUUGUGAAUGAGAGAAUAGACCGAGAGCAGCUUUGUGGGGAUUUGACUCCAUGUAGCUUUACCUUUGAGAUUUUAUUGGAAAAACCAAUGGAGCUGCACCCUGUGACGAUAGAGGUAUUGGAUGUAAAUGAUAACGCUCCCACUUUUCAGAACAGUCACUUGGAAUUUGAAAUAAGCGAAUCUGCUGCGCUCGGUUCCCGUUUUGUGCUGGAGAGUGCGGAGGACGCUGAUGUUGGGCAAAACAGUCUGCAAAACUACAUUUUAACUCCGACAGACAAUUUUGUGUUAAAAGAAUAUGUUAAUCCGGAUGGAAGUAAAUAUGCUGAAAUGGUGCUUCAGAAACCUUUAGACAGAGAGGCACAGUCACGCCUAUCUUUAAAACUGUUGGCCGUUGAUGGUGGAAAUCCACAGAAAUCUGGGACAGUAAAUAUAGAGAUAAACGUAUUAGAUGCAAAUGACAAUGCUCCGGUGUUUAAUCAAUCCUUAUAUAAGGCCGCAGUGAUUGAAAAUGCCCCAAAAGGCACGCAUGUUGUUACAGUGAAUGCGAGCGACAUUGAUACCGGUUCAAACGGAAAAGUGUCAUAUUACUUUUCAAAAUCGAAGGCAGGGAUAGCUGAUUUAUUCGAUAUAGAUGAAGCUACUGGUCGAAUAUAUGUGGCAAAGGAAAUCGAUUUUGAAAAGGACAAAAAGAUUGAGUUCAGGGUUGAAGCGAAAGAUCAAGGGGGGCUGAUAGAUUCUAGUAAAGUUGAAAUUGAGGUCUUGGAUAUAAACGAUAAUGCACCGAUCAUUAACGUGAUGUCAUUCACUAGUCCUGUGUCAGAAGACUCAGCUCCAGGUACCACUGUUGGCAUUAUUAACGUGAAAGAUCUUGAUUCGGGUGAAAACGGACAGGUAAGGUGCACGAUCGAAGGCAGUGUUCCUUUUAAAAUUAAAUCCAAUGUGAGAAAUUAUUAUACACUGAUAACUGAUGCUGCCUUAGAUCGUGAAAGUUUGUCAGAAUUUAACAUCACCGUUAUUGCCUCAGACGCGGGCUCCCCUCCGCUGUCAACCAGAAAAACUUUUAAUCUAAAGGUGUCAGAUGUUAAUGACAAUUCCCCAAAAUUUCCUCGAAAUUUUUACACGGCUUGGAUUGAAGAAAAUAACUCUCCUGGUCUUUCUGUCAUGACUGUUAAUGCUAAAGACCCCGAUGAAAACCAAAACGCCUGCGUUUCCUACAUAUUGGAAGAAUGUGAGAUUAAUGGGUCUCCAGUAUCUGAAUACGUUUCUGUUAAUGCAGAAAGCGGAGUGGUGCAUGCAGUGCGUUCGUUUGACUAUGAGCAAAUCAAACAACUGUCAUUCACUGUAAAAGCGCAGGAUGGAGGAUCUCUUCCACUCAGCAGCAAUGUGACUGUGAAAAUAAUGAUCCAAGACCAGAAUGACAACCCCCCACAGGUUCUGUACCCAGUCCAGACUGGUGGAUCUCUGGUGGCUGAAAUGGUGCCUCGUUCAGCAGAUGUGGGCUAUCUGGUGACGAAAGUGGUGGCUGUUGAUGUGGACUCUGGACAGAAUGCCUGGCUCUCCUAUAAACUGCAGAAAGCCACAGACAGGGCGCUGUUUGAAGUGGGCCUACAGAAUGGAGAAAUCAGAACUAUCCGCCAAGUCACUGAUAAAGAUGCUGUCAAACAAAGACUGACUGUUAUAGUGGAGGACAACGGGCAGCCCUCUCGUUCAGCUACAGUCAUUGUUAACGUGGCGGUGGCGGACAGCUUCCCUGAAGUGCUGUCGGAGUUCACUGAGUUGACACAUGACAAGGAGUACAAUGACAACCUGACUUUUUACUUAGUCUUGGCUCUGGCUGUAGUUUCCUUCCUCUUCAUCACGUGUUUAGUGGUUAUUAUAUCAGUCAAAAUCUACAGGUGGAGACAGUCUCGCAUCCUGUAUCACUCCAACCUGCCUGUCAUUCCAUAUUAUCCACCACGUUACUCAGACACUUUGGGGACAGGCACUCUGCCACACGUGUACAAUUACGAGGUGUGCCGGACGACUGACUCCAGAAAGAGUGACUGUAAGUUCGGCAGAGCUGGUAGUCAGAACGUGCUGAUAAUGGACCCCAAUUCUACAGGAACGAUGCAGCGGAUACAGAGUGAAAAGAGCAUCCUGGAUGAACGAGAAUCUCCUCUGGAGGUUUGUCAUUUCCUAUAG